CACAAAUGCAAUGCGUUUUGUUAGCGUUUCCUCUCAUUUCUCUUUCUGGUGAACCGUAGACUCAAUACAAUGAGUUCUCUGCGACUACAGAAGCGUUUGGCGUCGGCUGUACUGAAGUGCGGCCGCAAUAAGGUUUGGUUGGAUCCCAAUGAGAGCAAUGAGAUCGCAAACGCCAACUCCAGACAACACAUCCGUAAACUUAUCAAAGACGGCCUCAUUAUCCGCAAACCAGUGGCCGUCCACUCGAGGGCUCGCGUGCGUAAGAACACAGAGGCCCGCCGUAAGGGUAGACAUACCGGUCCCGGCAAACGCAAGGGUACCGCAAACGCGCGAAUGCCUGUCAAAGUGCUGUGGAUUAGACGGAUGCGAGUGUUGAGGCGAUUACUGAAGAAGUAUAGGGAGAACAAGAAGAUCGACCGACAUCUGUAUCACGACCUCUACCUUAAGGCUAAGGGCAAUGUCUUCAAGAAUAAGAGAGUUCUCAUGGAAUUCAUCCAUAAGAAGAAGUCUGAGAAACAGAGAUCCAAACAACUCAGUGAUUUGGCGGAAGCGCGUCGACAGAAGGUAAAGGAGGCCCGAAGAAGGCGUGAGGAGAGACAGCAACAGAAGAAGACGGAACUCCUGUUGACGUACCAGAAGGAAGAGGAGGCGCUUAAGAAGUAAUUCUAAAGAUUAUUCCUCUUUAUUAUUAUAACUUAAUUGUGAACACCUUUUGGACAUUCAAUAAAUUUCCCUGGAUUUGUAAAA